AGCUUUAAACUCCGACUUAUUAAAUAUUACGGUAUUAAAUACAACUCUGACAACACUAAUCACCCUACGUGUUCUCCAUAUUUAGUUAAAUAUUAUCAAGACUUUAUAUACAUCGUCGUUUAAAGUUAGAAGUGAAAUUUUAAUGCGUCACGCCAAAUUGAUAUGCGCGUUUUGCUGUCAGAAAGCUUGCCGGCGUCCGUACUGCUCUGACUGCUGACACUUUGCAUCAAAGAACCGGUGAAACGCAGCGUUAAACUCCCGAAACAUCAACGCUUUUGUGACCAGGAACGAUGAGCCGCAGUUAUAAUGAUGAGCUGCAGUAUCUGGAUAAAAUCAGCAGCAACUGUUGGAGGAUUAAAAAAGGUUUCGUGCCCAACAUGCAGGUUGAGGGAAACUUCUACGUGAACGACGCUCUGGAGAAACUGAUGUUUGAGGAGCUUCGUAACGCCUGUCGAGGAGGAGGUGUGGGAGGAUUCCUUCCAGCCAUGAAACAAAUCGGGAACGUGGCAGCGCUGCCGGGGAUCGUACACAAAUCCAUCGGUCUCCCUGAUGUUCACUCUGGAUAUGGAUUUGCGAUCGGAAACAUGGCGGCCUUCGACAUGGGCGACCCCGAUGCUGUGGUGUCUCCAGGCGGUGUUGGUUUUGACAUAAACUGCGGCGUCCGUCUUCUGAGGACGAACCUGGACGAGGGAGACGUUCAGCCGGUGAAGGAGCAGCUCGCCCAGUCGCUGUUCGACCACAUCCCAGUGGGCGUCGGAUCCAAGGGAGUCAUCCCCAUGGGGGCCAAGGACCUGGAGGAGGCUCUGGAGAUGGGCGUGGACUGGUCUCUGAGGGAGGGCUACGCCUGGGCAGAGGACAAGGAGCACUGUGAGGAGUACGGCAGGAUGCUGCAGGCCGACCCCAACAAAGUGUCCUCCAAGGCCAAGAAGAGAGGCCUGCCGCAGCUGGGGACGCUGGGAGCAGGAAACCACUACGCUGAGAUCCAGGUGGUGGACGAGAUCUACAACGACUACGCCGCCAAGAAGAUGGGCAUCGACCACAAGGGCCAGGUGUGUGUGAUGAUCCACAGCGGCAGCAGAGGGCUCGGACACCAGGUCGCCACAGACGCUCUGGUUGCCAUGGAGAAGGCGAUGAAGAGAGAUAAGAUCACGGUGAACGACCGUCAGCUGGCCUGCGCUCGCAUCACGUCACAGGAAGGACAGGACUACCUGAAGGGCAUGGCCGCUGCAGGAAACUACGCCUGGGUCAACCGCUCGUCCAUGACCUUCCUCACCAGACAGGCCUUUUCCAAAGUGUUCGGCACGACGCCGGACGACCUCGACAUGCACGUGAUCUACGACGUCUCUCACAACAUCGCCAAGGUGGAGGAGCACAUCGUGGACGGGAAGCAGAAGACUCUGCUGAUCCACCGCAAAGGAUCCACCCGAGCGUUCCCCCCACACCACCCGCUCAUCCCCGUAGACUACCAGCUCACAGGUCAGCCGGUGUUGAUCGGAGGGACGAUGGGGACCUGCAGCUACGUCCUCACCGGUACAGAACAAGGCAUGACGGAGACAUUCGGCACCACCUGUCACGGAGCGGGUCGCGCUCUGUCUCGAGCAAAGUCCCGCAGGAACCUGGACUUCCAGGACGUCCUGGACAAACUGGCUGAUCAGGGCAUCGCCAUCCGGGUGGCUUCACCCAAACUGGUCAUGGAGGAGGCGCCCGAAUCAUACAAAAACGUGACAGACGUCGUCAACACGUGUCACGACGCUGGCAUCAGUAAGAAGGCAAUCAAACUGCGACCAAUCGCCGUGAUUAAAGGCUGAAGCUGCACGACUCGACGCUUAAAGACUAUUUACACUAAACGGGAAGGAUGUCAUGAUGUCCGGUACUCCUGGACAGGGAUCUUGAAAAGUAGAUGAUACUUGCUUUUUUUUGGUGUGUGUGUUGGUUUGGAAUGAAUUUAUGUUGACGGGAAAAUGAGAUCGAAAAAGAAAAUUUAAUUUCUAACCUGAAAAAAUGUUUUUUUUUGUGUUAAUGCCAAAUCUGUGAUCUGAAUAAAGAUGGUCACUUAAAACGCCAUUGUACUCCAUUACAGUGCACUGAGUUUUGGCUUGGUCGCCUUAACUUUGGUUAUGUGAUGCCUAGAAAUAAGUCUAAAUGUUGGUGAGGGAGAGGGACGAGAAGAAUAAAACAACCAAGGUCUGUAGAAGACCAUCUCUGAGCGAUGGCUGUUCCUUGAAUUCUGUUGAUCAAUAAAUAAAAACAAGAAGUCUGAUAUCUCA